UAAAAGUGCAAAUGUCAAAAAUGUCAGAUGAGUACAAUAAUUCAACAUUCAAUUGUGAUUGUUGAUAGUAUGUAGUGUUUAUCAUUGAUUUACCAUAGUAGUGAAUUCAGAGUUAUUUUUCUAAUAUGCCAGCAUGGUGUCUAUUAUUAAGAACCAGUUACUGAAACAUUUAUCUAGAUUUACAAAAAACCUUUCGGCAGAUAAAAUCAAUAUAAGCACAUUCAAGGGUGAAGGAGAACUUUCCAAUUUAGAACUAGAUGAAAUUGUUUUGACAGAUUUACUAGAAUUGCCGUGUUGGUUGAGGUUGACUCAAGCUUGGUGCAAUAAGGUAUAUUUUAGAAUACCAUGGACGAAAUUGAAGAGUGUUCCUAUAUGUUUGAAUUUGGAUGAAGUAUACAUCACUCUUGAAACAUGUGAAGAACUUCGAGUUUCGUCGACCUCACCCAGACCCAAUUAUGGAGGAGUACCUAGCAAAUAUAGCUUCAUUCACAAAGUAAUUGAUGGAAUAACUGUUGGAAUAAAUACGGUGAACAUAGUAUUCAAUAGUCCAGCAUUUACUGCAUCAGUUCAGAUAACAAGAAUUUUGGUGGAGUCUAAAACGCCAAAAUUUACUCAGUCAGAUUUGAGAAUGACACGUUUGAAAAACCAAGAGAAGGGCCAACUCUUAAUAUUCAAAGAAUUAGUUUGGCAAAAUAUGAGAAUAGAAGCAAAGUCUACUGUUGAUAAGGAUUUGACACCUCUGAGGCUUCUGACUAACCAGGCCAGAUGUAGAAUAGUGAUGAAAAAAAGACUUUCAGAUUGUUUCAUUCUUGGUUCCAGAUUAGUUAUUAUAUUAGAUGAAUUAUUAUGGGUUUUAACCGACUCUCAGCUGAAAGCUGUUCUGCAUUUCCUAGAGUCACUUACAGAUCUUGUUCAGAAAGCCACACAAAUGACAAGAAUUGUAAAAGCAGCUAGAAAAUUAGAGCAAUCAACUUCUGUACUUUAUCAAUCAAAUCCCACUUCACAAGCAAACACUUGUAAACCGGCAUUUUUUAUACAGCCUUUUCGAGAUUUUUGUGGGCGCUCAUCUCAUCCCAAUUUGCAGGAUGGUGGUGCAUUACAAGUAACUCUGAAACAACUUCAAAUUGAUUACUAUCCCUAUCAUUUAGCAAAAGGGAACCGAAAACAUUGGCCAAAGUAUAAUGUCAGCUCUGUACCACAUCCUUCGUGGCAAGAUCAAUCUUUCAAUUACUUCAGAAACAAACUAAUGGAUAUAAUAGAUGAGAAUAACUCACAGCAUAGCCCGCUCAAAAGACCACUGAAGGAAUAUGGAAUUAGGGCAACUGAAAAUACGAAACAAAAUGAAAGUGGACGUCAAAAGGAAAACAAGAUGAAAAUGAUGAUGCAGUUGUCAAAGAUAAUGACCACUUGUGCUGUUGUGAGGAUGAAUGAUUUUAUUGUAUACAAAGUAACAACUUCCAAUAACAAACAAGGAUUGAAAGAGUUGCUUUUUGGUGAAAGGGGUCGAACAGGUCUUCCAAAAAACACGAAUAUCAUUCAUGCAGAGUUUAUCUACUACUACUAUACCACAUCUUUUCCCUUCCCACUGCCACCACCAAAAUUUUAUGUGCAAUUAAAUCCUAUCACGUUCGUUUAUGAUUUGGAAAGUUGUUUAUGGUUAAAUGCAUUUGGAUUAAACUUAUUUACAUCUGCAACAGAUUCUAGAAAUGAAAUACAACUUUCUAGCUAUACCUACGUGGAUGUGAGGAUUGAAGCUAUUCUUCUGAAGGUUAGUUUUGGAAAUGCAUUUCUGCAAUCCAAUCAUCAGAACCGACCAAAAUCAUUGGCCAUAUAUGUGACAAAAGCUGUUAUAACAAAUGUCAGGGGGUUUGAAGAAUCUUCUAGAGCCGAUUUAGCUAAAUGUCUCGAUUCACUCCAUAUGGGCUCUCUGUUUUUUGGGACAGAUUUUCCAUCUGAUGCUGAUGAUUUAUAUGUUGUCACUCAAAAAUUUGUAGAUCACAUAUCAGCUGAUGAUAUUAUUUUUAGUUUGCAACACAAAUGGCAUUUUGUUUCAAUUAUGUAUAUACCCAAUCGCGGUCUGUAUUUGAUGAAUACUUUAACUUAUUUUACUCGUGAAAUGCUAUGGACAGAGGCAAGAGAUAUUUGGUUCAUUAAUCUUGAUCCUGUGUGGGGUGAAUUUUACGAACCUGGAUCAAUUAAUCUGAAUAAAUACGUAACAUUUUUGGAAGCGAUACCAGUAACUAUUUGGCUUCACACUCAUUUAGAUCCAAAUUCAACGCUGAAACCAGUUUCUGGGGAAAUACCAAAAUCUUCAAAUGCCGAUAUUCAUGUCCUGGUCCACAUCUCGAAUUUGAUUAGUAUCCAAAUAAAUCAUUAUCAAUAUUUAUUUCUUCUAAGAUUAGCCGAGGACGUUACAUUAUUGACAACACUUAUGUCAAAGGAUGCUGAAAAUAUUUUCAAAGUAAGUGGUUUUUCAAUUAUCACCUAUUUGGUGCUGAAGAGGCGAUAUGGCAAGAGUCUUAUGCCGAAAUAUUGGAUGUCCACCAGUGAGGAUGACAGUGUUCCAUGUUCUUCUUUUACAUUGAGGCGGAAUAAUUCCUCCGAUUCUCCAUUAAAUAGUUCUCGAGAAUUAGUUGAGAAUGAAUUCUCUAGUUAUUUUGAAAAACAAACUAACAUUCAUAUGGAGUUAGGUAAGAUAGAUUCUGAUAUUAAACAUCCACUGCAAGAAGAACAUAAACCGAAACUUCCGAAUGCCGAAAAUUUGAAUUUACCUACAAAUCUUAAUUCAGGGUUAAGUUCAAUGAAGAAAGGUUUCAACAACCUAAUGUCCUCUAUCGAUAGUGCUUUGAAACCUAGUCCAGAAGAUGUCAGCGAUAAUAUGUCCAUAAGAAGUGAUGUUUCCAGUGAUUCAGAAAAAUUUGUAUAUAUGAACUGUGAACCUGAUAUACCUGGAAAAGAUUUGAUGUUUUUUGCUCCAGAGUUUCUUUGUGAUAAUGAACCAAUUGAAGAAGCAUCUGAAGUCUUAGAACAAGAAGAUAAUAUUUCUUCACCAUGUGAUUCUGCUACAGUACCUCAUCAGGAAAAGAACAACUAUGUGAGUCAAUUUUUUUCAUUCUCUACAU